CAGGCUUUGUCUUCGACUUCGCCCUCUGCAGCGCCAAUGUGUGCGCAAGUGUGAUUUUUCAGCGUAGAACUUUUAGUAUUGCUCCAGUUGCACCGUUACAUACACGCCACAUAGUUUUUACAUCGAUUUGGUUGUUAAUAUCUUCCCGUGAUUUCUUUGUUCCGGUUUUGAACUCGCUCGAUACAGAUCUGUAUCGAGUCGGCCAACCAUGAUUAAGAAUGACCGAAAGAUGGCAUCCAUACGAGCUUCUGGAUACGUAGACCCAGGGUGGGAGCAUGGUGUCGCUCAAGACGAUAAGAAGAAAAAGGUAAGAUGCAAUUACUGUGGCAAAGUAGUGAGUGGUGGCAUUUACAGAUUGAAGCAACAUCUUGCCCGACUUUCUGGUGAAGUAACUUAUUGUGACAAAGCUCCAGAUGAGGUCCUUGUGAAAAUGAAGGAAAACUUAAAGGGUUGCCGUGCUGGUAAACAAUCAAGGCAAAGUGAGUGUGAUGAACUAUGCUACCUGAAUUUCAACGCAACUUGUGAUGCGGAGGAGGGAGAACAUGUCAGAUACAGGAAAAGAGGUAAUCAGUCGCCAAAUAACAAGGAUGUAGUGAUAAAUACGACUUCAUUUCGCUCAUUAGGAUAUAUUGACCCUGGAUGGGAACAUGGUGUUCCUCAGGAUGACAGGAAAAAGAAAGUCAAAUGUAAUUACUGUGACAAGAUUGUGAGUGGCGGAAUCAACCGAUUUAAGCAACAUCUAGCUAGAAUCCCAGGUGAAGUUGCUCCUUGUAAUAAUGCACCGGAGGAAGUAUAUCUCAAAAUAAAAGAGAACAUGAAAUGGCAUCGGACAGGUAGGAGACAUAGACGACCUGACUCCAAGGACACAUCUACGUUUUACCUAACCUCAGACAAUGAAGAGGAAGAACAAGAAAUGGAAGCUGAAUCUCCAAUUACUAAAGAUAAAUUUGCACUUAGUGGUAGAGGAUUUGAUAAAGAUUUGGAAAGAACUUCCAAAGGAUUGUGUCCUUCUAGUGUGCCUGAAUUAUGCUCGAAAAGGUCGAGAUUGGAAUGGCAUGUUUUGAGAACACCCAAAAAUUCGAUUUCAGGAACUGGAAAGCAAGUCAAAACAGGUUCCUCGAAAAGGUCUAGAAGAGAAGUCAUUUCUGCUAUUUGCAAAUUUUUCUACCACACGGGAGUGCCUCCGCAUGCAGCCAAUUCCCCGUAUUUUCAAAAAAUGCUGGAGUUGGUUGCUCAGUAUGGCUCAGAUUUCACAGGACCUUCUAGCCACUUGAUAUCAGGGCGGUUUUUACAUGAUGAAAUUCUGACCAUUAAAAACUAUCUAGAGGAGUACAAGUCUUCCUGGGCUGUCACAGGAUGUUCCAUUUUAGCUGAUAGCUGGAGAAAUUGUCAAAGCAGGACUCUGAUAAAUAUUUUGGUUUCUUGCCCUCGUGGAGUAUACUUUGUUUGUUCGGUUGAUGCCACAGGUGUUGUUGAGGAUGCAACAUAUUUAUUUAGGUUGCUUGAUAAAGUAGUAGAGGAGAUGGGGGAGGUAAAUGUUGUGCAGGUGAUAACUCAGAACACUCCUAGUUAUCGGGCUGCUGGGAAGAUGCUUGAAGAGAGAAGAGGAACUUUAUUUUGGACUCCUUGUGCUGUGUAUUCUAUUGAUCAAAUGCUAGAAGAAUUUAUGAAACUAAAUCGGGUGCGUGACUGUAUUGAGAAAGGGCAAAAAAUUACACAAUUUAUUUACAAUAGGAUCUGGUUAUUGAAUCUAAUGAAGAAAGAGUAUACAGGAGGUGAGGAACUUUUGAAGCCAUCUAUCACCCAGUCUGCUUCAAAUUUUACCACUUUGCAAAGUUUGUUUGACCACAGGGCUGGUCUUAGAAGACUUUUCCAGUCGGGCAAAUGGGAUUCAUCAAGAUUUUCAAAUCUGGACAAGGGUAAAGAGGUUAAAAGUAUUGUGUUGGAUUCCCUGUUUUGGAAGAAGGUACAGUUUGUUAGAAGAUCAGUAGACCCUAUAGUGGAAGUGCUUCAAAAGAUUGAGAGGGGUGAGAACCUGUCAAUGCCCUUCAUUUACCAUGACAUGUACAGGGCGAAGCUUGUGAUUAAAAUAAAUCAUAAUGAUGACGCACGUAAAUAUGAACCCUUUUGGAGUGUGAUUGACAAUCAUUGGAGUUCGGUGUUUCAUCACCCACUAUAUUUGGCUGCUUAUUUCCUGAACCCUUCAUACCGUUAUCGUCCGGACUUUAUUCUGAAUCCAGAUGUUGUGCGUGGUUUGAAUGCUUGUGUUGUGAGAUUAGAAUCAGAACACACAAGGAGGAUUUCAGCAUCUAUGCAGAUUUCAGACUUUGGCACUGCAAGAGCUGAUUUCGGAACUGACUUGGCCGUUAGUACCAGAUCAGUGCUUGAUCCAGCUUCCUGGUGGCAACAACACGGGAUAAAUUGUCUGGAGCUGCAACAGAUAGCUGUGCGUAUAUUGAGUCAGACUUGUUCAUCUUUUGGGUGUGACCAUAACUGGAGCAUACAUGACCGGAUGUAUGAACAAAGGCACAAUCGACUUGCAAAGCAAAGGCUGAAUGAAGCUCUCUAUGCUCACUACAAUUUGAGGUUUAGGGAACACCAGAUCAAGAAAAGGUCUUGCAACUUGUCCCUGGAGCGAGUUCUGCAAGAAGACCUUUUGUAUGAUUGGAUUGUAGAGACAGACAAACAGGCUUUGCAAGAUGAUGAGGAAGUUUUUUAUAGCGAAAGGGAACAUGGGGAUGCAUAUGAGACCAAUUCAUUUGAUUUCAAUGACGGAAAUGCAGACUCCCAAAACGGAACACUGGCUGGGAUGGUACUUGCAGAUGUAGAGCCUUUGGGUGCUGAUAAACACACUCGGAAUGAUCCAGUAUCCGGCUCUGAUCAAGAUCUCAAUUUUAUUGACGACGAUAUGACAAUAGAAUGGGACAACAAAGCAUCUGAUUAGUAUAUUGGGUGUAAAAAUCUAUUUUAGUAGGUUCUCUUACUCUGUUGUUUGUACACAUAUAUUCUGUAUCCUGAUUUUGUUAAUAGAUCAAGAAGGUUAGCUUCAGCAAGGGUGAAUCAGUUAUCUUCAUCUUUUCUAUACUAGCCAUAUAUUUAAUUUAAUUUUAUUUAUUUAAUGUUAAGAUCAA